AUGGAGAUGCAACAUCUGGGCGCGCAAGUCGGGGCGGCCCUCCUCUUGACCGACUUCAAUCUGGAAUACUUCCCCCAGUGGGAUAUUGAGAAUCGAACCCCACACCCGCUGACAGCCGCCAUUACCAAUGCCAGCCGAGACACCGCCCAUCUGCCAGGCUUCAACGACGUCUACGACCAGUUCGAUGUUGCAUUCAACGAAGAAGAUGUCAAGAUCCCUCUGGAAGAGAAGCCCUCCAGCGACAACCUUGUUCAAAAGCUCCGUGACAUCGUCCCGGUAUUGGAGACAGACGAUAGAAAGAUGUCACGCCGUUCACACAGCAAGAUGCCAAAGAAAGAGGUGGAAAAUACAGAUGAGGGUACUAUGAUGGACGGAGAGAUGUCUGACCACGAGUCGUUGCAGCCGAAGCUCAAGUACACAACGGGGCGUCAUGCAAAGAAGUACGAGAUCUUAAAGGGAAUGACCAAAUUUCAUUUCGUGCUCCACAUGAUCAAGAACGGGGAGAAACGAACACGCCGAUCCACGACUAUCCAUGCCCACCACAUGGUCCCACACUUUGCCGUCAUGUUUUUCGACUCAAAAUACACCUCAUCCCGAUGCGCUUGGCGCUGCAAGACGACACAUCUAUUUGGCUUUGGAGCUGGGUUCGUCGCCUGUAUCGCCGGAAAUCUAAGAGCUCCACCCGCAGCCAUCUUCCUUCGCUUUGAAGUUGUCGAGCAGGUGCUGGCAAAGUCGGAACAGGAACAACAACAGCAAAAAGACAUCACGCUUCUUGACUCCUACACCACAAUUUUUAACGACUUGCAGAUUUUGACUGACACUUUACGCGCACUCCACGACACUCAACCACAUCGCUUCACAUCGACGAACGCCAUCAUCAUGGCAACUAAGCGUUCGACUGCCUUCAACGCCCUCACUAAGGCUCAUCCUAUAGUCCCCUUACCACUAUCGGGCGGCAACUCGAAGCCCGCAGAUCCGCGCAAACAUUCCCUCGUCACUCUGCCCGCCGAGCUUCGGAAUAAGAUCUUUGGGUUUCUUGUCGAGUUCUCCGAGCCCGUCUGGGUUACCUCCCGUCGACAUUACGAAUACAGCUCGGAGCGCAUAAGCUUCGUGCUCCAAACUAAACAUCAGCUUCAGAAGAGCUUACUUCUGACAUGUCGAACUAUCUACUCGGAUGUUGCUUCAGCUUUUUAUAGCAACAACACAUUCCUCAUAGCUCCGAACAGCUACCAAUACUCACAGCGUAGUCAGGCGACUGUGGCAGAGGUUGCUGUACUGUUCUUCCAGCGACUGGGCUCGCAGGUUCAUUGGGUCCGUAAAGUUGUACUCGACAUUACGAGUAGGCCGUGGGCCCCGAACUUCGAUAUAUGGUCAUUCCCGUACACAUACGACGUGUUUGAGGUCGGCAUACUUUUGAGAUUCCUCUGGCACCACCGCCUCGCUAUCGAGGUCGCUUAUUUGCAACACAAGGGAGCUUCCCGGGGUGUCUGUAAUCCUCCAGCGAUGACCCGGGUCAUGCGGUGUAUUCUCGAAGGCCAAGUGAUGCUGAAGGCAUCUCGCAGUCAGAUGCUCGAGAUUGCAAUUAAAUAUGACGGCUCCGGCGGUAUGUUCCGUUUGGGUAGAGCACCCCCUUCUGGCGCACCAAGUCGAUUUGCACUCGAUCGCGAGCAACAUAUCUACCGUUUUGCCGCUGAGGAUAGUGGACGGUGUCUCACCUUAACAAAGCCGACACCCCCUACCUUGCUGACCUUACCCGUUCAUCCCGUACUCUCCAAGAUCUUUUCCGAGGUUCUCAGUGAGCGGGAGAAAAUCUGCAUCGAUCUUGAUGUCGACACGAGCUUGCCAAUCAACUUCACUUACGCCAACAGGCGGCUUCAUGAGACCUGUUGGGCAAGCUUGCUACAAGCCGCAUCGUACACAUUGCUGUUACAUUCAAGGGAGAAGCGCAGUACGUUCGCUAACUUUAGCAAACUCGCUCGCAUCUUACGCCGUACAUUUACAACUCCCGAGGAUCCCGGACAGAACUACCAUGGGAUAUCAGGACCCUUGCGGUGGUCAGCGCCCCAUUGGAAGCUGGAGAAGUCACAAGAGCUCAGCGUUGUGCUGGAGUUCGACCUAGCCGAUCCGACCGCCUUGGAAGACCUGCGCAUCAGCGUGCUGCCCUUACUCUUGGAGACAUCUUCGUAUUGGGGUGAUCGCACUGUCACAAUCCGUUCAUUAACCUCUACACCGGGUGGCUGUUCCCUUUUCGCCGAGCAAACAAUCACGUUUCAAGAACUUCGACUGAACGCUUUGAAUGCGCUGAAUGACACAUUCGGUGAGACUGUUGGGUACGCAGCUACUACGCUGUGGGUAAACGGGCUGGGAAAGGUCGUCGAGACAGAGUUCAGUCGUUUCUCUAGCCCAUAUCGCGUCCAAUACGAUCCGGCAAAAGCAUCCGGGGGAGUCGGCGGUAGGAAAUCGCGUAAAGUGUCCUCUAUUUAUCCAAAGGAUCAGUACUUCCACGGACAAAAGACCCGACACGACUGCCAAUCAAAAGAUUGCAAGCAGUUGUUCCCAUCUCAGUACUCCGCGGUAGCGGUACUGGAUUAUCUCGAGGAGACCUUGACCAGAUAUGACGUUAAGAACAAACCUGAUUCGGGCAAUGCGUAA